UUAUUUUCCUUUACCUCCCCUUUCUUAUAUGCAUAGCAUAAAUGAUAGAUUCGAAUCCGACCUGACACAAGAAAGUGAUACAAUGUUACCCACUGUACGACAACAAAGAAUACGCUGGUUUUUUUGCUUGUGGUUAUCACAGUAUUGGGGCGACUUUCAAAGUUCGGCUACACGUCGGAUGAUGAUGCAAUUUCUAGAAAGACUCCGGUCUUAUGAUAGACUGACUUCAGUCAUUGAUGUGUUAUUACCAUUGGCUAUCCGUGAACCCGCUCUCCGUGACAAAGAUAGUGGAUGGGGUAUGUGUGAUGAUGAUCAUCAUGAUAUGGAGCAUCACAAAAAGUCUCGAAAGAAAGACAGUGGUUACAAUGAAUGGAUUCCCCCUCAUCCCAAGGGAGGCACCAUCGAACGCACUCGUUCUUUACGUAGAGCAGUCUCCACCAGUCACCCUAAAUUACCCUGUUUUAAAUCUCUGGUGGCUUCUUUAGCCAUCACAGAUCGUCGACGCAACUCAGUUCCUUGUCGAUUGGAUAAUUUACCUACAGCAGUCUUUGGUGGUGGACUUGUCUCGAUUGUACAACAGCAAGAGCAGCAAAAAUCCCUCCCGGUGGAUCCUUACCAAGUGUUGAGCUCAUUGUCUCCUCUGACACUGGCUCAGCAACUGACCUGGAUUGAGGCAGAUAUCUUUCGCCGGAUCCAACCCCGUGAUUUCUUGCGUCAUCUAUGGUCCUGUAAUAGCAGCCAUCAUCCUCAUGAAAAGAAUCCAGUGCUGGCCUCCAUUGAACACUUUAACUUUGUGUCGGGUUGGAUUGCUUCCUUGGUGGUGAAUCAGACAUUAUUGGAUAGGCGAGUGACUGUAUUUGAAUUCUGUUUACAGCUAGCGGUAGAUCUACGUGGCCUGAAUAACUUUAAUACGUUGAUGGCCGUAUUGGCAGGGAUUAAUAGUGCGGCUGUCUUGAGAUUGAAAUUAACCCGAGAUAAAUGCAUCACCAGGAACAAGAAAUUGUUUCAUGUGUUUUUAGAGCUGGAAUCACUCAUGAGCUCAGAAAGAUCCUUUUCAAAUUAUCGCUCGACAUUAAAACAAACCCAAGUGCCUGGUAUACCUUAUUUAGGCAUUCAUCAACAAGAUUUGGUUUCACUAGGAGAGGCAAACAAAGAUCACAAGAUAGAUGGUAAAGUCCACUGGAAGAAAUUUCGUUUGAUGGGAGAUUCCAUUCUUCAAAUGAUGCGCUUUCAAUACCCGACUUAUGCCUUUGAGCCUAACCCAUUUCUACUUUAUUUUAUUGGACAUCAGUCGAUACCUACAGAAGAUGAACGCUAUGAAGUCUCUAAACAAAUAGAACCUAGGAUAGGAAAGCCCUCAUUGUCAACCAGCAGUAGUACCACUUCUUCCCGUUGGUUAUCCUCUCUAAAAUGAAUUUAAAUAAAAUUAAAAAAGAAUCAACCCGCCCCGUUGAGGACAAAGAAGCAAAAAAA